GAGAAGGACAAGGGAAGGAGAUUGCAAAUGAAAUGGGUUCUCUGUCUCUGAACACUGUCCAUUCUCUUCCUCAACUCUCGUCCUCUUGUUCUCCUCCUUCUUCUUCGGGUUCUGCUUUCUGGGUCAGGAGUAGUUCCAGUACGAGGAAUAGUAGUGUGACGAGGCGAAGGUCCGCUGUCUUGGUUCCGACAGCCGGGGUUGUUUCCCUGCUGUUUGCUCGUUGCAACUUCUUUGCAGAUCAGUCUGCCACUGCCCUACAAGGACAGCUCGUAGAUGAGCUCCAGCAAGAGGAAGAUCGCCUCGUCACAAUCUUCCAGGAAACUUCGCCAUCAGUUGUCUUCAUUAAGGAUGUGGAACUGGCUAAAGGCCCCAAUGGCAUGGACGAAUGGUUGCUCGCCGAAGAUGAAAGUGCUAAAGUUGAGGGCACAGGUUCGGGGUUCAUCUGGGAUGGGUUUGGUCACAUUGUUACGAAUUACCAUGUCGUAUCUAAAUUGGCCACGGAUAAAAGUGGGCUGCAGCGUUGUAAGGUAUAUCUUGUCGAUGCAGCUGGGAAUAGCUUUGUCAGGGAAGGCAACAUUGUUGGCUUUGAUCCUGCGUAUGAUCUCGCUGUUCUAAAGGUUGAUGUUGAUGGCCAUCAAGUGAAGCCUGUUGCCCUCGGCACUUCUCGUGAUCUUCGCGUGGGUCAGAGCUGCUUCGCAAUCGGAAACCCAUAUGGAUAUGAGAACACUCUAACAACAGGGGUAGUCAGCGGGCUGGGGAGGGAGAUACCCUCACCAGAUGGAAGGGCUAUUCGUGGAGCUAUUCAAACCGAUGCUGCAAUUAAUUCCGGAAACUCUGGAGGGCCUCUGGUCGACUCGUAUGGCCAUGUUAUCGGAGUGAACACUGCAACAUUUACCCGGAAAGUAAUGCAGGGUCGGGGAUGUCUUCUGGUGUCAACUUUGCGAUACCGAUUGACUCUGUUCUGCGGACAGUUCCUUACCUGAUCGUAUACGGGACACCAUACAGCAACAGAUUUUGACGAACAUUUUCCGGCAGCAAUUCAUCGACCACCUACUCGGAGAUGUCCACACCUCCAGUCCGUGUUCAUUUCAAAUACACGGCCAGUUCGUAAAUUCAUUCCUUCAACGCACUGAAUUAUUUUCUUGUGCUAUCCUUGUAAUCAUCUUCUACUCUGCUCUUUGAACAUGAAGAAAAUGAUUGUUUCGCAAA